AUGCGCUCCGCGCCGAGCUGCCCGCGCUGUGCGCUGCUGGUGCUGGCGCUGCCCAUCCUGGCGCUGCCCGCCGAGCGGCUGGCGCUGCUCCCGCAUGGAGAGGAGCGCGGGGAUGCCGCGCUGGAGAACGGGGACGACGCGCGCUCGGCGGCGCUGGAGCUGAGCACGGCGCUGCGCUUCUACGGCGCCGCCGUCCGCUCCCUCUACGUUACCACUAAUGGGAUUAUUGCAGUGAAUGAACCUUCAGAUGAAGAAAAAUAUCUUGGUCAAUUCCCAGUGAGUUUUGGGGCUAUUGCUCCUUUUAUGGCUGACCUGGACACAACAGAUGGACGUGGAAAUGUGUAUUACAGGGAAGAUUCGUCGUCAGAUGUCUUGCAACUUGCAUCAGACUAUAUCAAAAGAGGUUUUCCUGAGACUACUUUUGAUCCCAGCAGUGUUGUUAUUGUUACCUGGAAGCUUGUGGGUCCUUACCAGGUACCAGGAGAAGAUCAUGUUUUGGAAGAAAAGAGAAACACAUUCCAGGCUGUUUUAGCCUCUUCUGACUCCGGUUCCUAUGCUAUUUUCCUUUAUCCAGAAGAUAGUUUGCAGUUCUAUAGCACAUACUCAAAGAAUGGAGAUGAAAAUAUUCCUGCUAUGGUUGGCUUUAGUCAAGCCUCUACAAACUACUACUUUUGGGAAAAGCCAGGAUCCUACAAUGUCAUUGCUAAUGAUGAAGACAGCAUUAGAAACCUGUACAAAAGCAGCAAUGCUGGGAAGCAAGGUGUCUGGGUGUUUGAGAUUGGUAGCUCAUCUGACAGCAUUGUGCCUGCCAAGAUCAGCAAUGUUUUGGAGAGCCUAGAGCCUGAUGAAGAAGACCAGGAGAUGACUUCUAAACCAUUCAUGUCAGACUACGGCUCCACUGAAAUAACACAGCAGUAUAUCACAAGUAGUACAGACAGCACCGAAGAGGAUCAGCACCAUGUUACGUACAGUGUUCCUCAGUUAGCUGCAGAAGACUUUUUGACUCCAUACCAAGAUGUAACAGGAACACCUUCAACUGAGUCUUUUUACAGUCCUCAAGAUUUCCCAACAGCAAAAGCUCCACCUCGCCAGUUUCAGGUCCAGCGGUUCCCCCCACAGCAACCUCAAGUCAUAGAUGUGGAAGAAUUUGAUGAAACUGGAAUAGUGUUUCGCUACCACACGGAUGUCCAACAGACCUGUGCUAACAACCGUCACCAGUGCUCUGUUCAUGCUAUUUGCAAAGAUUAUCCCAACGGAUUUUGUUGCAAUUGUAUUGCCGGUUACAAAGGAAAUGGCAGACAAUGCGUAGCAGAAGGUUCUCCUCAGAGAGUCAACGGGAAGGUCAAAGGAAGAAUCUUUGUAGGAAAUAACCCUGUUCCAAUUACAUUUGAGAACACUGAUCUCCACUCCUAUGUUGUGAUGAACCAAGGGCGUGCCUACACUGCUAUCAGCACAAUCCCAGAGACCUUGGGGUAUUCUUUACUACCUCUUGCCUCUAUUGGAGGUAUCAUAGGAUGGAUGUUUGCAGUGGAACACCAAGGAUAUAAAAAUGGAUUCAGCAUUACUGGUGGUGAGUUUACACGGCAAACAGAAGUAACUUUUCUUGGCAACAAUGAGAAGCUGGUUGUAAAGCAGAAAUUCAGUGGUAUUGAUGAGCAUGGUCACCUUACCAUCAGCACAGAAAUGGAGGGCAGAAUACCUGAGAUACCAUCUGGUGCAUCAGUCCAUAUAGAACCAUACACUGAACUCUAUCAUACUUCUAGUUCUGUGAUCACUUCAUCAUCCACGAGAGAGUACACGGUGACAGAGCCAGAAAGGGAUGGAGUUGCUUCCACGUACACGGGCGCCUAUCAGUGGCGACAGACCAUCUCGUUUGAUGAAUGCAUUCACGAUGACUCUCACCGUCCUGCUUCUGCUACUCAGCAGCUCUCGGUGGACAGUGUGUUUGUCCUGUAUAACAGAGACGAGCAGAUUCUGCGAUAUGCUAUGAGUAAUUCCAUCGGCCCAAUCAGUGAUGGUUCUGCUGAUAUUAACCGGAAUCCUUGCUACACUGGUACUCAUAACUGUGACACCAACGCUGUGUGUCGUCCAGGAACUGGAAAUCGUUUCUUCUGUGAAUGUUCAGUUGGCUUCCGUGGAGAUGGAAACGUUUGUUAUGAUAUUGAUGAGUGUUCAGAGCAACCAGGUCUAUGUGGCACCAAUGCAGACUGCAAUAACCAGCCAGGAACCUACCGCUGUGAAUGUGUUGAAGGAUACCAGUUUGCAGCAGAUGGGCGGACUUGUGUUGCUGUCGACUAUGUGGUAAACCACUGCCAGACAGGCACACACAAUUGUGACAUUCCUCAGCGUGCUCAGUGUGUGUACACUGGAGGGUCCGCCUACAUCUGCACAUGUCUCCCGGGCUUCUUGGGAGAUGGGCGUGCCUGUGAGGAUGUAGAUGAAUGUCAACAGGGCCACUGUCAUCCAGAUGCUUUUUGCUAUAACACUCCUGGUUCCUUCAGCUGCCAGUGUAAGGCAGGUUAUCGUGGGGAUGGUUUCCGAUGUGUGUUAGGAGAAGCGGAAAAGACCAAAUGCCAGCAUGAACGAGAAGUAGCUCUUGGCAGUGGAGGUGCUUUCUACCCAAGGGAUACAAGAGUUGGUCACUUCAUUCCCCAGUGUGAUGAGCAUGGGAAUUACCUACCCACUCAGUGCCAUUCUGGCAGUGGAUAUUGUUGGUGUGUGGAUAGGAAUGGAAAUGAGAUUGAUGGCACGAGAAGUGGGCCAGGAGUUCGUCCACCAUGUCUAAGCACAGCUGCUCCUCCUGUUGUUAUUGGGCCCUCUGUUCGACCAGAUACAGUACCUCUGCCGCCAGGAACACACCUGCUCUUUGCCCAAAGUGGUAAAAUUGAACAUGUUCCACUAGAGGGAAACAAUAUGAAGAAAAAUGGUGCAAAAGCACUCUUGCAUAUUCCAGACAAAGUUGUUAUUGGAGUUGCUUAUGACUGUGUGGACAAGAUGGUUUAUUGGACAGACAUCAGCGGCCCUUCGAUCAGCAGGGCUAGCCUGAAUGGUGGGGAGCCAACCACCCUCAUCAAAACAGACUUGGGAAGCCCUGAAGGGAUAGCUGUAGAUCAUCUAGGUCGCAACAUCUUCUGGACUGACUCUCAGCUGGAUAGAAUAGAAGUGGCUAGGCUGGAUGGGCGCCAGCGUCGCAUCCUUUUUGACACCGGCUUGGUGAACCCCAGAGCAAUUGUCGUGGAUCCUGUGGGAGGAAACUUGUACUGGACUGACUGGAACAGAGAAGCUCCUAAAAUUGAAACCUCGUACAUGGAUGGCACAAACAGAAGAAUUCUUGUUAAAGAUGAUCUUGGGUUGCCAAAUGGACUGACAUUUGAUCCUUAUUCCUCAAUGCUCUGCUGGGUAGAUGCAGGUACCAAGAGGCUGGAGUGCAUGAACCCUAACCAGCUUGGUCGACGAAAGAUUGUUGAAGGUAUUCAGUACCCUUUUGGUGUUACAAGCUAUGGGAAGAAUUUAUACUAUACAGACUGGAGAAGGGAUGCUGUUGUUGCAGUGGAUCGCAUGAUUUCAUUAGAAAAUGAUAACUUCCAGCCUCACAAGCGCUCCCGUCUCUAUGGAAUCACCACGGCCUUUGCUCAGUGCCCAGGAGGGCAUAACUACUGCACAGUGAAUAAUGGUGGUUGUACUCACCUCUGCUUGGCUACCCCAGGAGGCCGUACUUGCCGCUGCCCUGACAACACAGUUGGAGUGGAUUGUAUAGAAAGACACUGAACAUUAAAAUAAGCUUUAGAGCAGCAGACACCUUCUCGAAAUGUGCUGUAAACAAUUCACUCCUAUCAACACAAUCAAGCCCUAAAGAUAAGUGCUCCAUGCUGUUGACAGCAAGCCACAAUGUGCAUGUGCAGUCACACAUACACACAGGCAGUGGAUGUCUUGUAGCAGUUAAGCAAGACAAAGCUGCCCAGGUUGGGUCCAACUUUACCUUAUUCCUUUUAAUAUUGUCCCCUUACUUUUAAAGGUAAAUGUGGAGGCAUUAGUUGCAUCUGUGCUGGUCUAGGAGGAUGUGUCUCCUGGCAAAAUUAAAGUAACAAAUACCGAACAGAGUGAAGAGGGUGGCACUACCCAAAUCCUGAGACUGGGUUGUACCUUGGAGUAUGCAGAAGUUAUCUGCACAGUGGCAUGCUAAGCCCAUCAUAAGGCCCAUGUGGCUGGGCCUUAUCUCGAGCUGAGAAGCAACCAGGGGGUCCCAAAGAUGGAUAGAUGUGAGUGGAACACCCAGUAAUAUCACAGAUUUAAUGCCUAGCUGCAUUCCUUCUCACUAGUAGUCCUCUCACUUUCAAAAGUUGAAUCUCAACUUUUGACUCUUGCAUUACAGCAGUACUUUAUCCGUGUGUUGUAAGGAUAAUAAUUCUCACCCUGGCUCAUGGGAUCCUUUGCUACAGAACAUGAUUCUUAAUAGAUAAUCAACACUGUUUAGUGGAUGUAUUUGAAGUUUUUGACUCUUAAGAGAUAUACUUUUCUUCCAUCUGAGGUGGAUCCCUAAAUAGUUCCCUAAAAUCCACUAAACAAAAUAUAGUAUUUUAAACAAUUGCUGAUAGUUCAUCAAAGAAUGGAUGUUGAUUCAUUUGGUUUUAAAGAGAUACACAUUUGUUUCCUGAGAGGUUGUAAAAUAAUACUUCUAUGUUUGAUUCUAUGAGCCUGAAAGUGGUCUCUGAAUUCUACCCUAGCAAUCUUUUUUUUAGCAAACCAUGCCAUGCCUUUUUGUAGACAAUGAGAUACCAUGGCAGUCAAAAAUCUGAUUUUUAGCAAGCUCACCUGUGUUUUGGUACUUAAAAGAAUAAAAGAUAGUGAUAUGCCCCCAUGUUCAGUAACAGCAAAAAAAUGCACUGAAAAUCAAAACAAAGUUGAUAUUUUCAUCAUCACCAGUAAGUUUACAGAGGGGAAAAUCAGAACGCAUAUUCUUAUGUCAGAUUAACAGUACAAAUCUGGGAGUGAAGUUUGUCUUCUACACUGUGUGUUGGGAAGGAAGCUUGCCUGCAAGACAACCUGCAGCAGAGCAAAACAGGGCUUGUGAGGCUUCUGCCAGAGCACAUUUCACUGACAUGAUCAGAGCAGUAAGCUAACAUCCCCAUUUCCUCACUCCCUCUUCAGACAUAAAGUAACGGUUUUAAACAGAGCCAAUUCUGAAUCUUAAAUGUGUGACAUCUUCUUCUUAAUUGUGUAUUUAUCAUGAAAUAACAUAUAAACAUUUUAAAAGUCUUUUUGUAUAACUUUUUAUAACUUUUAAUUCAUUCUAUUCAUACACUUAAUCAGGUAUAUCUUACUGUAAAUAUCAAAAAUUUGUUGAAAUGAAGGUGCUUGAUAACUCUUUCUCCAGAAUUAUUCACAUAUCUGGUGAAAUAUUAAAGUUUACACUCUGUACAGGUAUCUACAGUACAGUCAAUAAAAAUGGUUGUUUUUUAUUUUCUAUAAAAAAGAACGUCAUGCCUGCAGAUGGAAGUGAUAUGUGGCGUCUCAAAUCUCUUUUGCUGUUGAGUUCUGGGUUUUAGCUAACUCUCAUAUCUAGUGAUGAUACUUCUCUUCAAAGAUGCAACAUUGCAGGGGAAAAAACUGCUAUUGGGGCUUUUGUCUUUUGGAAACUGUAGGAUACUUCAAAACAAAUACGUGAGAGUGCUUAAGGAGCACACAGCUUUCUCUGUGUUGACACAGACUUUUAGCUGAAUGUAAAUUCCUGUUUACCUUUGUCAAGUAAGCAUAAAUCAGUUCAUACUUCAGACUUCUAUCUAAGUGGAAAUAUAGGACAAGGGCAAGACUGGAUGGGGGCAGAAUUCAUCUGUAUGCUCAAAGAUGUCCUGGUACCAAGUUUCUGGGUGCUUUGCUGUCUGAUGCCACAGCACGCAGGUGGGCUGUGGCUGCAAGGCAAGUUAAGAGCUAAGUGAAGUGUGGGCAGCUGGAGGUGGUGAUGCUGAGACUUAAACUCCUCAACUUUUAUGGCUACCACAUGUCCUUGCCUCAGGGAGGAUGAGGUGUGGGCCUUUGUUCAUUCUUUACUGUAUGCUUUGACUAUUUUUGUAUUUUUUUUUAAAUUUUGAUCAACACAAUAUUCCUCUGAUUAUGAUGAUUACUAAUUCACUAAACCCUAGUCAGCUAAUUCUGUGCAAAUCAAUGAACAAUGGCAAAGAUGUCAAGGGAAAUACACCUCAGCAGAACUUCUAGUGUUAAUGUGUGAGCUCCAGUGUAAUCUGUAGCCCGAAGGGAAAUGGUAUUACUGUGGACUGAGUUUUAAGACUGAAUAACUCUCUGUUAACUCUGGUAUUGCAUCUGGCAGUAGGUAGCACUAGGUUAUGGGUUAGUGGCCAGGACCAAUGAUUUCCAGCCAAGUCCACAGUAGUGAGGCAGGUCUGCAGUCAAGUUGGCAAACUAGCCAGGACCUGAAUCAAUGGGAUACAUGGCUGUGGCACAGAUCAGGCGAGGACCAGGGUGAGAGCCGUAGCCUUGAAGGGAAAGAGGAUUGCCCUCACUGAGGCCUCCCAACAGAGCUGUUUGAGGAUGAACCUCUGCUGAAGUUCCUUCAAGUUUUCUUCAUACCUUCUGCCAACUGGUUGACCUUGAACGACCAGCUAAGCUGCUAGUGCUUGGAGUGGUCUGUGGGUCCUGGCACUCUGGAGUUCUUUAUUCCUAUAUGCUUGCUUUCUCAUUGAAUCUUGUUAAAUCUUUGGUCACUAAAAUGACCUGUGCUGAGUUCAUUAUUUUCAUCACAGUCUGACCAGGAAUCUGAUCCCUUGAUGAGAUUUGGCAUUAACCAUUUGAAGAUAUCUUUACUGUGCCUAUCAUAUUUAUUCAGUUAAAAGUUCACAAGUAUUUUGAAUGCUGAAAAUGUGAAUUUUCAGUUUCCUUCAGAGAGUUAGCAGUAUCUUUUUAUAAGACAGGGUUUUCUUGUGAUGACCUGGGUCUAAUUCAACUACUCUCUCCUUUUCCUGACUGUUGCUUAUUAGUGUUUAAUUGUUGUGGUCUUUCCUCAAGAGCAAGUAAAUUUCAGAUUUAUUUGUACAUGAUGCUUUUUUUAAAGAGGUGAUGGAAAAAAGAUGUAUUUUAUUUAAUU